AUGGCGCAAGGGUUCCACGGAACCUCGAGAGAGUCGCAGGUGCCGGCGCUUCUAGACGCGUAUCAGAUCCCAUACACCUUCUCGGAUUCUAAUACUAUGGCACUGUGUCAACACAAGGCAAACACAAAGGCUAUUCUCAAUCAUUAUCGGAUUCCCACUGCUCCGUUCUUCUUGCUCUCAAUCGGCAAUGUCUUGCCCAAAAGCUCCUCAGAGAUCCACACAUCUGCACUGUCCUUUCCAGUCUUCCUCAAACCGGUCAGCGAAGGCUCGUCUAAAGGCAUCGACGACUUCAACAAGGUAAAUGACAUUGCGGGAUUGGAGACAGCAGUCCAGAACCUGAAGUCCAGAUACCCAGGCCAGGAUAUUUUGGUCGAAUCAUUUCUGUCUGGCCCUGAGUAUACGGUGAGCAUUCUGGGGACCGGUACCCAUAGCCGGGUAGUCGGUGUCAGGGAACAUAUAUGGCAGAACAGAAUCAAGGAUGAUGGUUGCGGUACCAAUCUGAACUUCGCCACCAGGGAGAACAAGUCUACGGCAGGAACUGGACUAGCAUGGAGUGAUUCCCACGACAUGGCUGAUCCUCGGAUAAAAGCCGCCUGUCAAGUUGCGUUGGACGCAUGGAAGGCCUUCGGCUGCCGUGAUGCAGGACGCGUUGAUAUCCGAUUCGACUCCGACAACGUUGACGCUAUUCCCAACGUCUUGGAGUUGUUAGCAGAAAUUAUAGCCAGUGCUUGCAGGCGGACGGUAUUUUCGUCACGAGACAAGGGCGUUGAGCAGCUUACAUACAGUUGA